AUGCCAACCGGCGGCCAGCGGCUGUUCGGCCUCCCCGCCCUCACAAUCGCCGUCGUCGUGGUCAUAACAGCCACCGCCGGCCUCCUAGUCUACCGCCUCUGGGUCUACCUCUGGUGUAAUUACAACUCCACCACCACGCGGGAAGUCGACGCCGACCGAGCGCCGGCCCAAAUUCCGCCGGUACUCCCGCUCCGCACGGUCAUGAACUUCAACGACGCCAGCAGCAACAGCCUGGAGCAGCAGUACACGUCGGUGGACCACCUCAUCCCCACGUGCCAGUACAGCGACGACGUCGGCACGGUCGCCAAGACGGAGGAUUAUGGCACGUGCGCGGUGUGUUUGGCGCAGUUCGCGGUCGGGGAGGCCGUCCGUGUGCUGCCGGAGUGCCUGCACAUUUACCACGCCGGAUGUAUCGACGCGUGGCUGUUCCAGCACUCCGACUGCCCCGUUUGCCGGACCGACACCGGCGUGCGCGGUGUCGGUUGA